CGUCGCCAUGGAGUCCCUGCUUGGUUUCUCCCUCUGUUCUUUCCUCCUCGUUGCCAGGGUGCUUCAUGUUAAUGGAGCCGUCACCAAUGGCGGAUGGUCCACUGCUCAUGCUACCUUCUACGGCGGCGGCGACGCCGCCGGAACGAUGGGAGGAGCUUGUGGGUAUGGGAACCUCUACAGCCAGGGCUACGGCACCAACACGGCGGCGCUGAGCACUUCCCUGUUCUCUGGCGGCCGGAGCUGCGGCGCCUGCUACGAGAUCAGGUGCGCAGGCGGCGGUGGAUGCCUCCCGGGCGGCGCCUCCGUCGUCGUCACCGCCACCAACUACGCCCUCGCCGCCGCCGACGGCGGCUGGUGCAACCCGCCGCGGCAGCAUUUCGACCUAUCUCAGCCGGUGUUCCAGCGAAUCGCCGAGUACAAAGCCGGCAUCGUCCCCGUUCAAUUCAGAAGAGUGUCGUGUGUGAGGAAAGGGGGGAUAAGGUUCACGAUCAACGGCCACUCCUACUUCAACCUGGUGCUGAUCACCAACGUCGGCGGCGCCGGCGACGUGGCGGCGGUGUCGGUGAAGGGAUCCAGGACCGGGUGGCAGGCGAUGAGCCGCAACUGGGGCCAAAACUGGCAGAGCAACAGCUACCUCGACGGCCAAUCACUGUCAUUCAAGAUCACCACCAGCGACGGCCACAGCGUCACAUCCGCCGGAGUCGCGCCGCCCGGAUGGAGCUUCGGCCAGACUUACGCCGGCGUCCAGUUCUGAACAACUCAAACCUCACAUAUCACAGCAGAAGUAGGAGUUCAAUAAACGUAUACCGUCGAGGCAUGCACAAGCUCUGGGCUCUGUUUUGAAAUGGCCCCGUCGAUUUCCAUGCCUUCACUUCAUCGAUUUGCAGUAGCUAGUUAAUUUUUCUUGUCUUUCUUCUUCCUUUAAAUGUCGUAUCGUUGUGGUUUUUUUAAGUUGAUGGAGAAGAAGAGAUGAAUCAUGAAUGCUUUUUGUUUCAUGUCAUCUCCAAAACUGUAAUGCUGCCAACUACUUAAUUAUGUUUUU